AUGCACUGGAAGACGCCUUGUGACUUCAUGGAGGUGGAGAGGUGCGCGCCCCCGGGCGUCCUGCUGCACGAGGCAAACUAUGCAAGAAGCACCAGGUUCUCUCUCUCUGGUGAAGGACCAACUUCUCAGCCGAACAGCUCCAAGCAAACCGUCCUGUCUUGGCAGGCUGCAAUCGAUGCUGCUCGACAGGCCAAGGCUGCCCAAACUAUGAGCACCUCCGCACCCCCACCUGUAGGAUCUCUCUCCCAAAGAAAACGUCAGCAAUACGCCAAGAGCAAAAAACAGGGUAACUCGUCUAACAGCAGACCUGCCCGCGCCCUCUUCUGUUUAUCACUCAAUAACCCCAUCCGAAGAGCCUGCAUUAGUAUAGUGGAAUGGAAACCAUUUGACAUAUUUAUAUUAUUGGCUAUUUUUGCCAAUUGUGUGGCCUUAGCUAUUUACAUCCCAUUCCCUGAAGAUGAUUCGAAUUCAACAAAUCAUAACUUGGAAAAAGUAGAAUAUGCCUUCCUGAUUAUUUUUACAGUCGAGACAUUUUUGAAGAUUAUAGCUUAUGGAUUAUUGCUACAUCCUAAUGCUUAUGUUAGGAAUGGAUGGAAUUUACUGGAUUUUGUUAUAGUAAUAGUAGGGUUGUUUAGCGUAAUUUUGGAACAAUUAACCAAAGAAACAGAAGGCGGUAACCACUCCGGUGGCAAAUCCGGAGGCUUUGACGUCAAAGCCCUCCGCGCCUUUCGGGUGUUACGGCCACUGCGACUAGUAUCAGGAGUGCCCAGUUUACAAGUUGUCCUGAACUCCAUUAUAAAAGCCAUGGUUCCCCUCCUUCACAUAGCCCUUUUGGUAUUAUUUGUAAUCAUAAUCUAUGCUAUUAUAGGAUUGGAACUUUUUAUUGGAAAAAUGCACAAAACAUGUUUUUUUGCUGACUCAGAUAUCGUAGCUGAAGAGGACCCAGCGCCAUGUGCGUUCUCAGGGAAUGGACGCCAGUGUAUCAUUAAUGGCACGGAGUGUAGGAGUGGCUGGGUUGGCCCCAACGGAGGCAUCACCAACUUCGAUAACUUUGCCUUUGCUAUGCUCACUGUGUUCCAGUGCAUCACCAUGGAGGGCUGGACAGACGUGCUCUACUGGGUAAAUGAUGCGAUAGGAUGGGAAUGGCCAUGGGUGUAUUUUGUUAGUCUGAUUAUCCUUGGCUCAUUUUUCGUCCUUAACCUGGUUCUUGGUGUCCUUAGUGGAGAAUUCUCAAAAGAAAGGGAGAAGGCGAAAGCCCGGGGCGAUUUCCAGAAACUGCGGGAGAAGCAGCAGCUGGAAGAGGACCUGAAGGGCUACUUGGACUGGAUCACCCAGGCGGAAGACAUUGAUCCCGAGAAUGAGGAGGAAGGAGGAGAGGAAAGCAAGCGAAAUACCAGCAUGCCAACCAGCGAGACGGAGUCUGUGAACACGGAGAACGUAAGUGGCGAAGGCGAGAACCAAGGCUGCUGGGGAACUCUCUGGUGCUGGUGGAAAAGAAGCGACGCGGCCCAGGCCGGGCCCUCUGGGUGCCUGCGGUGGGGUCAAGCCAUCUCAAAAUCCAAGCUCAGCCGCCGCUGGCGUCGCUGGAACCGAUUCAGUCGCAGACGAUGUAGGGCCGCCGUGAAGUCUGUCACGUUUUACUGGCUGGUUAUUGUCCUGGUGUUUCUCAACACCUUAACCAUUUCCUCCGAGCACUACAACCAGCCGGACUGGCUGACGCAGGUCCAAGACAUCGCGAACAAAGUCCUCCUGGCGCUGUUCACCUGCGAGAUGCUGGUGAAGAUGUACAGCCUGGGCCUCCAGGCGUACUUCGUCUCCCUCUUUAAUCGCUUCGACUGCUUCGUGGUGUGUGGGGGCAUCACGGAAACCAUCUUGGUGGAGCUGGAAAUCAUGUCUCCCCUGGGCAUCUCCGUGUUCCGCUGUGUGCGCCUCUUACGGAUUUUCAAAGUGACCAGGCACUGGACAUCCCUGAGCAACUUGGUGGCAUCCUUGUUAAACUCCAUGAAGUCCAUCGCUUCGCUGUUGCUCCUGCUCUUCCUCUUCAUCAUCAUCUUCUCCUUGCUCGGGAUGCAGCUGUUUGGAGGCAAGUUUAAUUUCGACGAGUCGCAGACCAAGCGGAGCACCUUUGAUAAUUUCCCUCAGGCGCUUCUCACGGUGUUCCAGAUUCUGACAGGCGAAGACUGGAAUGCUGUGAUGUAUGACGGCAUCAUGGCGUACGGGGGCCCGUCAUCUUCGGGGAUGAUCGUCUGCAUCUACUUCAUCAUCCUCUUCAUUUGUGGGAACUAUAUUCUACUGAAUGUCUUCUUGGCCAUCGCUGUAGACAACUUGGCUGAUGCUGAAAGUUUGAAUACUGCUCAGAAAGAGGAAGCUGAAGAAAAGGAAAGGAAAAAGAUUGCCAGAAAAGAAAGCCUGGAAAAUAAAAAGAACCACAAGCCGGAAGUCAAUCAGAUAGCCAACAGUGACAACAAGGUCAUUAUUGAUGAGUACCAAGAAGAGGAUGAGGACAAGGACCCCUACCCACCCUGCGACGUGCCAGUAGGGGAAGAGGAAGAGGAGGAGGAGGAGGAGGAUGAACCCGAGGUCCCAGCUGGCCCCCGUCCUCGCAGAAUCUCGGAGCUGAACAUGAAAGAGAAAAUCGUCCCCAUUCCGGAAGGGAGCGCUUUCUUCAUUCUUAGCAAGACCAACCCCAUCCGCGUGGGCUGCCACAAGCUCAUCAACCACCACGUCUUCACCAACCUCAUCCUCGUCUUCAUCAUGCUGAGCAGCGCGUCCCUGGCCGCCGAGGACCCCAUCCGCAGCCACUCCUUCAGGAACACUAUACUGGGUUACUUUGACUAUGCUUUCACAGCCAUCUUUACUGUUGAAAUCCUGUUAAAGAUGACGACCUUUGGAGCUUUCCUCCACAAAGGGGCCUUCUGCCGGAACUACUUCAACUUGCUGGACAUGCUGGUCGUCGGGGUUUCUCUGGUGUCCUUUGGGAUCCAAUCCAGUGCCAUCUCGGUGGUGAAGAUUCUCAGGGUCUUAAGGGUCCUGAGGCCGCUCAGAGCCAUCAACAGAGCAAAAGGACUUAAGCACGUCGUCCAGUGCGUCUUCGUGGCCAUCCGGACAAUCGGCAACAUCAUGAUCGUCACCACCCUUCUGCAGUUCAUGUUUGCCUGCAUCGGGGUCCAGUUGUUCAAGGGAAAGUUCUAUCGCUGCACAGAUGAAGCCAAAAGUAACCCUGAGGAAUGCAGGGGGCUUUUCAUCCUCUACAAGGAUGGGGAGAUUGAUAACCCUGUGGUCCAUGAGAGGCUCUGGCAAAAUAGUGAUUUCAAUUUUGACAAUGUCCUUUCUGCUAUGAUGGCGCUGUUCACGGUCUCCACGUUCGAGGGCUGGCCUGAGUUGCUGUACAAAGCCAUCGACUCGAACGGAGAGAACGUGGGCCCGAUCUACAACUACCGCGUAGAGAUCUCCAUCUUCUUCAUCAUCUACAUCAUCAUCGUCGCUUUCUUCAUGAUGAACAUCUUCGUGGGUUUCGUCAUUGUCACGUUCCAGGAGCAGGGAGAAAAAGAGUAUAAGAACUGUGAGCUGGACAAAAAUCAGCGUCAGUGUGUUGAAUACGCCUUGAAAGCACGCCCCGUGCGGAGAUACAUCCCCAAAAACCCCUACCAGUACAAGUUCUGGUACGUGGUGAACUCCUCGCCUUUCGAAUACAUGAUGUUUGUCCUCAUCAUGCUCAACACACUCUGCUUGGCCAUGCAGCACUACGAGCAGUCCAAGAUGUUUAAUGACGCCAUGGACAUCCUGAACAUGGUCUUCACUGGGGUGUUCACUGUCGAGAUGGUUUUGAAGGUCAUUGCGUUUAAGCCUAAGGGGUAUUUUAGUGACGCCUGGAAUACGUUUGACUCCCUCAUCGUAAUCGGCAGCAUUAUAGACGUGGCCCUCAGCGAAGCCGACCCAACUGAAAGUGAAAAUAUCCCUGUCCCAACUGCUCCACCCGGGAACUCUGAAGAGAGCAAUAGAAUCUCCAUCACCUUUUUCCGUCUUUUCCGAGUGAUGCGAUUGGUGAAGCUUCUCAGCAGGGGGGAAGGCAUCCGGACGCUGCUGUGGACCUUCAUUAAGUCCUUUCAGGCGCUCCCGUAUGUCGCCCUCCUCAUAGCCAUGCUGUUCUUCAUCUACGCGGUCAUCGGCAUGCAGAUGUUUGGGAAAGUUGCCAUGAGAGACAACAACCAGAUCAACAGGAACAACAAUUUCCAGACCUUUCCCCAGGCGGUGCUGCUGCUCUUCAGGUGUGCGACCGGCGAGGCCUGGCAGGAGAUCAUGCUGGCCUGCCUCCCGGGGAAGCUCUGUGACCCCGAGUCGGAUUACAACCCCGGGGAGGAGUACUCCUGUGGGAGCAACUUCGCCAUCGUGUACUUCAUCAGCUUUUACAUGCUCUGCGCCUUUCUGAUCAUCAACCUGUUUGUGGCCGUCAUCAUGGAUAACUUUGAUUAUCUGACCCGGGACUGGUCUAUUCUGGGACCUCACCAUUUAGAUGAAUUCAAAAGAAUAUGGUCAGAAUAUGACCCCGAGGCCAAGGGGAGGAUCAAGCACCUGGACGUGGUCACCCUGCUGCGCCGCAUCCAGCCGCCCCUGGGGUUCGGGAAGCUGUGCCCACACAGAGUAGCCUGUAAGAGACUAGUUGCCAUGAACAUGCCUCUCAACAGUGAUGGGACCGUCAUGUUUAAUGCAACCCUGUUUGCUUUGGUCCGCACAGCUCUUAAGAUCAAGACGGAAGGGAACCUGGAACAAGCUAACGAAGAGCUGCGAGCUGUGAUAAAGAAAAUCUGGAAGAAAACCAGCAUGAAGCUGCUUGACCAAGUGGUCCCUCCAGCUGGUGAUGAUGAGGUAACCGUGGGGAAGUUCUAUGCCACUUUCCUGAUACAGGACUACUUUAGGAAAUUCAAGAAACGGAAAGAACAAGGACUGGUGGGAAAAUACCCUGCGAAGAACACCACAAUUGCCCUACAGAGAAAUGGUGCCCUGCUUGGAAACCAUGUCAAUCAUGUUAAUAGUGAUAGGAGGGAUUCCCUUCAGCAGACCAAUACCACCCACCGUCCCCUGCAUGUCCAAAGGCCUUCAGUUCCACCUGCAAGUGAUACUGAGAAACCGCUGUUUCCUCCAGCAGGAAAUUCGGUGUGUCAUAACCAUCAUAACCAUAAUUCCAUAGGAAAGCAAGUUCCCAGCUCAACCAAUGCCAAUCUCAAUAAUGCCAAUAUGUCCAAAGCUGCCCCGGGAAAGCAGCCCAGCAUUGGGAGCCUUGAGCAUGUGUCUGAAAAUGGGCAUGAUUCCUCCCACAAGCAUGACCAUGAGCCUCAAGGAAGGUCCAGUCGGAAAAGAGCCCGCUAUUAUGAAACUUACAUUAGGUCCGACUCAGGAGAUGAGCAGUUCCCCACUAUUUGCCGGGAAGACCCAGAGGUCCAGGGCUACUUCAGGGACCCCCGCUGCUUGGGGGAGCCCGAGUACUUCAGCGGUGAGGAGGACUAUGAGGAGGACAGCUCACCCACCUCCAGCAGGCAAAACUACAGCUACUACAGCCGACACCCAGGCAGCAGCUUGGAUUUCGAGCGGCCCCGGGGCUACCACCACCCGCAAGGCUUCCUGGAAGACGACGACUCGCCCAUUUGCUACGAUUCCCACAGAUCUCCGAGGAGACGCCUACUACCUCCCACCCCAACAUCGCAUCGGAGAUCCUCCUUCAACUUCGAGUGCCUGCGCCGGCAGAGCAGCCAGGAGGAGGUCCCGCCGUCCCCCACCUUUCCCCACCGCACGGCCCUGCCUCUGCACCUGAUGCAGCAACAGGUCAUGGCAGUCGCAGGCCUAGAUUCAAGCAGAGCCCAGAAGUACUCGCCGAGCCACUCGACCCGCUCGUGGGCCACCCCUCCAGCGACCCCUCCGUAUCGGGACUGGGCGCCGUGCUACACCCCCCUGAUCCAGGUGGAGCCGUCAGAGGUCCUGGACCAGGUCAACGGCAGCCUGCCCUCCCUGCACCGCAGCUCCUGGUACACGGACGAGCCUGGAAUCUCCUACCGGACUUUCACACCAGCCAGCCUGACGGUCCCCAGCAGCUUCCACAGCAAAAACAGCGACAAGCAGAGGAGCGCGGACAGCCUGGUGGAGGCCGUCCUGAUAUCCGAAGGCUUAGGACGGUAUGCAAGGGACCCAAAAUUUGUGUCGGCGACAAAACACGAAAUUGCCGAUGCCUGUGACCUAACCAUCGACGAGAUGGAGAGUGCAGCCAGCCACCUGCUGAACGGGACCGUGCACCCCGGGGCUAACGGGGACGUGAGCCCCGACUCGAGCCGCCAGGACUACGAGCUCCAGGACUUCGGGCCAGGUUACAGCGACGAAGAGCCAGACCUGGGGAGGGAGGAGGAGGACCUAGCAGAUGAAAUGAUCUGCAUCACCACCCUGUAGCCCCCAGUGGGGGGGCGGACUAGCUCUGCCCUCAGGUGGGGUGCCCGAGGGCCAGGGAAAAAGUGCCUCAUAGUUAGGAAAGUUUAGGCACUAGUGUGAAGUCCGUGUUCAAUUAGACUUUCGUGCAGGUGAUGUCAUGCCUCAAGGAAGCCAUAAACCUGUAGGGAACAGCUGUGCUCAGAGCUGAGCCCCAGCUGCGGGGACAGCAGGUCCCGCCCGUGCACGGAGGACGGGCGCCGGGCAAGCCUGCCCUCUUGUUCACAGCCCACGCGGGGCACUUGCCCGUGCCCACCGCCCACAGGCGCGGUGGGGAAGGUUAAAGGUGAUGACGAUCACCGUGCCUGUGUCAUUACCUCAGCCAUCGGUCUAGCAUAUCAGACAUUCACUGGGCCCAGCAUCUCCCUCCCAGACACCCUGCUUCCUGGCUCCUGUUCUGAAACACAGUCAGUCAGGGCUACCCACCAGCCGUCCUCUGCAGAGGGAAGCAGGACCUCACAGGCAAGGUUUUCCGUUCCGUGACACCAGUUUGCACGGGAGCGCGCCGCGCAGAUGGUCGGUUUCUGACUGUCAGGCCAAGGGCAGCCGUAAACUGGAAUCCUAAUGCACUCGCAGCCAGGUCAACUUAGAUACGCUAGUUUGUUUAAAACUUAGACUUACUGUACAUGACUUGUAAUAUACGAUAAUUUGUAUUUGUAAAGAGAUGGUCUAUAUUUUGUAAUUAUUGUAUCGUAUUUGAACUGCAGCAAUAUCCAUGGGUCCUAAUAAUUGUAGUUCCCCCCACUGAAAUCUAGAAAUCAUUGGUAUUUUUACUCGGACUACACGGAAGUAGGAGAAAUUGAGCCAAUUCUCAUUUAUUCAGUGAAAAAUCUUUUUGGGGGUGAAAUUUUAAGUUCAAAAGAACUUGACACUAGAUAGAUUUUUCUAAAGUAUUUUGAGUCCCUAUAAGAUACUCCCGAUGACUCUUUGCAGUCUUCUCCCUGGGCAAGAGUGCUGUGACUUGAGAGGGUACCUUUUGCUCCACCACGGGCGGUUUUACUGUAACCCCCUUCCCCGUAAGUUCAGGACAAGACUGACCCCGUGGCAUUCCUCGUGGUGGGUUUUCUCACCUGCCCACACAGAACGUUCUUACAGGUGAAUGAAGUCCCUCUGCUCGUGUCCCCUGGGAGAGGUGAGGCUGCUUGUCUUAGGAAAUACUAGUGAGGAAUGCUGGGGGCGGGGGGUG